GAUGGCGGCGGCGGGCCGGUGGCGGGCCGGGCUGGCGCUGCUGGCCGUGGCGCUGGCGCUCGGCGGGGCGGGGGCCGAGCAGACCGAGGAGCACCUCAAACGCGAGCACUCGCUGUCCAAACCGUACCAGGGUGUGGGCUCGGCCAGCUCGGGGCUGUGGGACCUGCUGGGCAACGCCAUGGUCAUGACCCAGUUCAUCCGCCUCACCCCCGACGUGCAGAGCAAGCAGGGAGCCGUGUGGAACCGAGUGCCCUGUUACCUGCGGGAUUGGGAGAUGCAGGUGCACUUCAAAAUCCACGGGCAAGGCAAGAAGAACCUGAACGGGGACGGUUUCGCCAUCUGGUACACCAAGGACAGGAUGCAGCCGGGACCUGUGUUUGGGAGCAAGGACAACUUCCUGGGGCUGGGAGUGUUCGUGGACACGUAUCCCAACGAGGAGAAGCAGCAGGAGGUGAGACCCUGA